UAAAAGAAACAAUGAAUAAGUCCCUUUACACGACGAAAGAGGAGAAAUCUCUAGGGGCUGCAAUAAUAGAUGAAGCAGUAGUAGAAAUAUUCAUGUAUGUCAUGGUAAGUGGACUGUGUCAGUUGAUAAACCUUUUUGGUAUUGUCACAAACAUUUUUAAUAUCAUCUGUUUUGUGAAACAAGGCUUCAAAGACACGGUCAACAUCUCACUGCUUGGUCUAUCAAUCUCUGAUUUGUGCUGCCUCAUCACCAUGAUGUGUACAUGUAUUCUGUUAAUGCCAGCCCUUAUGAAUGCAGAUCUGCCAUUUGGGAGUUUUGAAGUGAUGUACCUUGUGUCAGCAUUACCACAUUUAGAUUUCACCAGAGCGAGCAGUUGUAUCACAGCUAUGAUUACGCUGACGAAGUGCAUAAGUGUAGUAGACCCGUUAAGA